AUGACGACUCUGAAAAAAGGGACAUCAGAGUUAGAGUUGAAUACAGCAAAUAAGUUCUAUUUACACAAGUGCUGGGUCAAAAAGUCAACCGUAAGUAUCUUUUCUGCUGUCCAGGCAAUCCACUGCUGUUUGUCAGAUAUGAUUCCGCUGGAUGGAGAGACCUGGAGUGAUGCCUGCACCAACAGAUUCAUCAGUCUAGCUCACCAGAAACUGGUCACUAUUGUGGCAAAAGGACCAGUCCACAAGACGGAGCCUCUGCCAGUGAGACUGUUUGAGAGCAGCCUGAUUGGGCCACUAUCCAAUAUAGCUGAGCUGCUGGUCAGAGAGCAGCUGGCCUGCUUCAAAGAGGAACUUAAGUCCAACGAUGACAGUCCCCCUUGUGAUGACUCUGCCACAUGGGACCCUCCACUUGAGCAUGAUUCGGGCAAGGAUGAAAAAACCUCCGGAGAGCAGACUGAGGAGCCCCUGGAAUUUCAGCCUCAGCUGAAGCUUCCUGCUCAACUCAAAGACUUGAAAGUCAGAGUCAGCCAUGUGAACUCACCAAGCAGCUUUUAUGUCCAUCUCACCCAGUAUGACUCUCAGAUCAAAAGGGUAUGUGAGCUGGUGAAGCAGGAGUGUGCAACUAUGGAGCUCGCAGAUGUGAUGUGGAAGGCAGACAUGUACUGUGCUGCUCACAUUAAUGGGGUUUGGGAAAGAGGACAGAUCUGCUCCGACGUCACAUCCAGCAACAUAGCAGAGGUGAUGCGCUGUGACCAUGGCAAUACGGUGAAGCUCCACAUCAACAACCUGCGGCCACUGCCGCCCUCCUUGAAGGGCACUCUGGCACUGGAGUGCACUCUCACUGACAUCAGGCCAGCAGGGGGCCGAUCCACCUGGACGGCUACAGCCUGCGACCUAUUCUCCUUCUACCUGACCGGAGCCUCGGCUGUUAUGACCAUCAAGGAGUUGACAGAUGAGCGUCCUGUACCCGUUACUUUGUUAUGUUCCAACAAGAUAGGACAGUUAAUCAGCAUUGCAGACUUUUUGGCCAGUGAGGGCCUCGCUCUCAGAGAAAGAAAACCAAGAGAUGCUGUCGUUCAAAAACCCAAAGAAGCUGAUGCACAGUCUCCAGUGAGCGGGACACAAACUGAUGUCUCUGAUUGCCAGAAGAAAGACACUCACCCAGCUUCUUCACCCAUUUCUCCCCCUCCCCCCAUCUCUGUCGUCUCCACUCCCACCAUUCCAAAACCAGCCCCCCGCACCAUUAUGUCUGCUGAGAAGGUGAAGACUAAGUUGUACAACCCCCCAGAGCUGCCAUUCCUCGGUCACAUCAAGAUAAGUGUGUCUGCUAUCGGAGAGGACGGACUCAUUUAUGCCAGAACACAGAAUGCAGAUUAUCAGCUGGAGCAGCUUAAGAAGAGGAUUCAACAGAGCAUGAAGACAUUGCCCAAACAGAAGCCCUACACCUGGAAGUCAGUCCUCGGCUGUGCAGUUAUUGGACCUGACAUGUUGUGGUAUCGAGGACAGCUGCUUGAGGUGCUGGGAGGACAUGUCAAGGUACAAUAUGUGGAUUACGGCUUGGUGGAAAACAUCCCAGUGGUCCAUGUGUACCCCAUGCUAUUGUGUGAUGAUGUUCCUCAGCUGUGUAUGCCCUGCCAGCUGCACGGUAUCAUCCCUGUUGGUGGAAAGUGGCAGCGAGAUGCGGUGGCCUUGCUGAGGGAGAUGUUGGUGAACCGCUGUGUGGACAUGCAAGUCACGGAGCUGCCGACUGACCCGAGGGGCCCCAUCACAGUUGACCUCUUCCUGGACGGGCUGAGCCUCAGCAGGAUCCUGUGUCACCACGAACAUGCCUCCAUGGACCGGACUGUCUUAGAACAGAAGGGACACUCAGCGAUGCCUCCUGCCCUCCGCCUGGAUGAGUGGGACCUCGACACUGAGGGUCUGAGGGGCCCAGAGGAGCCGAUGCUGGGGCCCUAUAUCUUCCCAAACCUACCACAGGAGGGAGAGCACUUUAAAGUCAGAGUCAAGCACUUGUGGACCCCCAACGAGCUGUUCCUGUGGCCAUUGGAGGUAAUAGCUGAUGUGAAGGUGGAUGGAGAGACCCUGGAUGAGGCUCUGACCAGAAUCAAUGCAAACAUCAGCAGUUUGCCACAACUCACCAGCUUCUCUCAGGAUUAUCCAUGUCUGGCAGAAUACAGUGAUGGAAAGUACUACCGGGCCCAGCUUAUGAAGUUCAGCAGCGUGGAGCCAGUCAUGAUCAUGGUCAAACACGUCGACUUUGGCUCUGAUGACACUCUGCCCACCAGCAAGCUGCGUCAUAUGCCGGCCGAGCUGCUGCGGUUUCCAGCUCGGGCGCUCAAGGUCAAAGUCGCCGGCUUCAAGGCUCCAAGUGCCAAAAGGAACGAAGACAUGCUGCCCUACAGCCCCGGGUGGAGUGUCAAGGCUGCAAUGCACAUGAUUGACCUGUUACACAGCAGCAUCACAGCCACUGUUGUGGCCCGGGAACCGGAGCUCACGGUGCUGCUGUUCAAUGAGGACGGAGAGUUGGUCCAUCUGCCUCUGGUGAGCAGCGGACUGGCUGAGCUUGAGUGACUCCUCAACCCACAGGGUUUCCCCACGGAUAUCCUGUUGUGUUAACAUCUAAAUUUUAUUCUGUUUGGGCUAUUUGACUGCUGUUCUUAGUUUUUACAUGUUAAGAAGACAUUCUUUAUUAUUCCCACUAGGGGAAAGUACGUAUUUAUUUUUUGCAGAAAAUGUGCAGUUGUGUACAUUCAAGGUAACCCAAAAGAGAAGUGAUUUACUUUAAGUUUGGCUGUUGUGUUUGAGGGAGCUGCAUUGAUAUAGCACUUUAUUUUCUAGCCAUUCGACUCAUGGGAGACAAUCUUGUCUGUGUGACAAAUUAAAAUCUUCCAAAGCUGUCAAA